AGGCUGCCAUCGCUGGCUUGGCCUCUCUGCGGCUUCGGUGCGGGAUUGGAUCGCUGGGCGUUCUUUGUCCCGGAAAAGGCUGACAGGCGGCGGGUGUGGGUGAUCGGGCUGCUGCACUGCGUUGCGGUAGACGGAAGCGGGAUCUGCCGAAACAGAUCUGUAGCGCCGGAUUCUAGGAAGCUUGAAGUAGGGCAGAGCUACAACAAGAUGGCUAGCAAGCCCAGAAAUCAAAAGCCAAGAUGGAAACUGGCAGCCAAGGCAUCUCAGUUGAAGAGACCACGGAAUGUUGUUCCUUGGCAGAGCAAGGCCGAAUGGGACCAAGUGAUGGUGGGGCUGUAUUGUGAGGACUGCCAGACACAACGAGAUGCACUGGACAGAGUAUCUGUCUGGAAGAGCAGGUUUGGGUCCAAGAUGCCUUUAGCUGUGGAAUGCACUGCAGAUCUGAUCCGCUGUAAGCUCCUAGAUGCCUCUGGAGUUCUGAAAUCCCAUGAAUUGAUCCUCACCUAUGGCCUGGCACUGGUGAGGUUUGUGAAUCUCAUCACCGAGCGGAAGCAGAAAAUGGUUACCAUUCCACUGAGGCAUCUAGCAAAAGAGCUGAACAUCCCAACCUGGAUUGUGGAUCUCCGUCAUGACCUAACCCACGGCACCCUUCCCCAGCUAGUGACUUGCCGAAAAGGUUGUGAUACCGUACUGGAUUGGCUGAGGCACUCAUAUUGGAGCUGCCAACUGGGCAAUAAUUUAGUUGAAGAAGGUGAGGAGGAAACUGAAGAAUCAUCAGAAGCGGAUUGCGAAGAUGAGAUGGCCAGCAGUCAAGAAGAUCUGGAGAAGACGCCAGAUGAGCAGAAACACCAGGAACUCCGUGGAAAAGUCAGAGAUGUUUUGACUUCGUUUAAAAAUCAACAACUUGAGGUUCUCAGGCAGCAGCCAGAUGUCAACCAAGCCUGCAAAAUGUGGAGCAUAGCUACUUCAGAGUCGGAGUGGGUUGUGGCCCAAAUGAAAGAUUUAUUACAAGAGAACAGGGAAGUUGCGGCUGAGACGUUGCUCGAAGAUGGCUUUCUCAUUCCAACCACUGACACGGUGCAGGUCUUAAAUAUUCCUCAAGAAACUCACAAGUGGGAUUUUAAGAUCCCUCGAGCAUUUCUUCAUUUCUGGCAGCCCCUGCUGGGAGGUUUGCACUCCAAACAUUUCACUCAGACUCUGCUGGAGAAAAUGUUUGAUGAUUUGAAAGCCCAUGCAAGGAUCACGUCACUUCGGUCUCAGUACCUCAUCAACUGGAUCACAAAAAUUCUGAAGGCUAACUUGCGAGUUAAAAAGAAGUUGAAGUCUUCCAAAGCCAAGAAGAAACAAAGCUGCUUGAGAUUGUUCCAUCACCAUAUUUCAUUACAGUGGCUGAAGCUUCUCAAAGAUUGCCUAGAUGUGCCUUGCUGGGCCAGUUCUCACCUCUUGCAUCUGAUUCUUUUGAGUAUGGAGCCUCCAUUGCCGUCUGAGGCUCAAGAGAAGCUCCUCUACUUGACCUCUAUUUACACCCAAGAAGAUGAUGCCUUCCCCAGUUCUGGCUCCACACUGGAUGUUUGCAAGCAGCCCAUUUACACUGUGGAGAGUUUGCUGAAGCUCAAUGCUGCUGUGGCCACCCACAAAUUCUUGAAGAGAGCAGGGCGGACAGAGGUGUUGCCAGGAAUGGUUAAAGAUAAAGGGUUGGCUGAGGAAGAGGAGGAGGAGGAAGAAGAAGAGAUGGAUACUCAGUCACCAUCACAGCAAGAACCUCUUUUCCUGGAAGACCCAGCAGCUUUGGCUGAAAAAAGAAAAGCUCUUCAGGGGGGAGUCUGGCAAGUUGGCUCAGAUGAACUGAAAUGGAGAAAUUUUCCUCUGGGAAAACUACCUGGCCAAACAGAUGAACCCGAUACCCUGCUAGUGGAUAACUAUACCAUGAUGUCGGCUCUUGACCAACUGGAGAAUGGAGACAGGAAAAAUUCCCCCAACACCGUCUCAUCAGAAUGGUCUGGUUUCCUUACGGCAGGACUCUUAUGGACUCAGAGUGAGCUUCAUAAAUUAAAGAGUGGGAUUCAGCUUUUUUGAGUGGGAGAUUCUUUGCCAAUGAUAUAACACAAUGGGAGGUUUCUCUUGCCACUCGAAAGAUACCGUGCCUGCCCGCUCUUUGAAAUUCUUUUUGGUGCAGUGCAGCUACUUCUCCAUCGUAGAUAUUUCUCCUGGACAUUUAAAGGCUGUGGAGAAGCAGGCACACUUAAUCCACUCAACAGAUCUGCCCAUUGCUUAA